CGAAAACAUAAAAAAAAAAAAAUUGUAUUUUUUCUUUUCUUUUUUAUUGCCCCCGGCCGUUGUUUAUUAUUUUAUAGCUCAUCGUGCACGUAAAAUUUUUUUUAAUUUUUUUUUCCGCUCCUCAUUACAUUACGAGACGCACUAUCACUGUAAUAUACGGCAUCACAAUAAAUAAUUGCAUUCGAGAGACCGCCGACCCGCGGAUCCAGCGGAAACACCGAUUAUGGUCGUAAUUUUGUGAGUAUACCUACCUAUAAUAUUAUUACGAAGCUUGAACAUUAACAAUAAUAAAACCGUGUGAAAAUUGUCAUCAUUGUUAUUAAUAUAUAUCUACAAUUUUUUCGACCAUAGUUUUACUUCGACAUUUAAUCGAUUAUAACAAUUUAUCGUUCAAGUAGGAGCAAGUACCUACAGAUAUCAGUAUUAAGUGUAAAAUGUACUCAUCCAGUGUAGUCCUUCUCGUUUAUACAAUAAUAUGAUGGGUAGGUUUACCUAUCCACCUAAUUUUUUUUUUUUUUUUUUUACUUACCAUAUAUCAGCUCUUUUAAUUGUAUAUAUAUAAAUAAAUAUGUCGCCGUACGUCUAGUACAAUUAUAAGAGACCAGUUAGGGUAUAAAUUUAUAAUCAUAAUUAUUAUUAUAAAAAAAAAAAAUAUUAACAUAUUUCAUAAGCAACGGUGGACAUUAAUUUGCUAACAAGUAAAUUUGUAUUUAACCUUCUGUAUAACUCGACUAGUUUAUUAUUUUUAUCGUUAACUAACUAUAUACUAAGUUAACUAUAGUUUAAGUUUUUAUUGUAUAAACUUAACUUUUUACAAUUAAUUUUCAUAAACAUUUUCUUUAACUCAUUUAAAUAGUUGAAGAUUUUUGUUUUUGUUUUUUUUUUUCGAAAAUUCAAUUUUUAUUGGUUCUGUAUAUAGAUACUGCAGCCAUUCAUGCAUUAAUCGCAUUACUUAAUAUUAAUUUUUAAUAGCGAAACAAAAAUAACCUUUUUUUUUUUUAACCGAGUUAUAAAUCAAUAUAUUUUGUUUGCAUAUUUAACGUGACUGGUUUCAUUUAAUUUCCGUUAACUUUUAUUUUUUAACUUAAAGCUGUUUUGUUUAUUUAAUUUAACUUACCUAAUUGAGUUAAUUAUUUUCAGUAACUAUUGCCCGCUUUUAUAGUUUCCUAUUAUAGGUGCUUACUAAUUUUCGUUGUGCAAGCAAUUAUAUUGAAACGAAGCGUUGUCUAUAGAGAACGCAAUACCGGUCCCGGACCCACCUAGUUUUAGAAUUUCAACCAAUUUCAAUCAAUUUUUGAUUGAAAAAUCAAUAAAAUCGGCAUAAAUUUAAUUAAAUCAAAUAAUGCGUUUUUUAUGUCGAGAUUUUUUCUGUAUACUCGCCUGUUCGAUCUGAGCCUGCUGCUGCAGCGUGUACCGCUCGUGUCACAAUGCUGCAGCUGCGGUGCAGUACGCCUACUGCUAUUUUAAUAUGACGUGUCGUCGUCUUAUAUUAUUCCUCAUCAAUUUUACGAUUAUAAAAUAGAUAUUUGAUUUGUGUUUCUAUAAAUGCGUUUUUUUUUUCUGGGAACAUUUUUCUACGACACGAUUGAAUUGCAGAUUUAUUGGUGAGUUUUCAUACCUACCAGUACACACCAAAAGAACUGACGAUUUAUUUUUCCGCUUCCGAAUUUCUAUUAUAAAAAUAUCUAAACUAUAUUAUAAUAUUAUCAGUCUAUAUUUAAGUUUCGCAGUAUUAAUAAAACAAGAAAGUAAACUGUAAAUUGCGCAAAAAGUCUCGCAAAGGUUCCCGCCAUGAUAACACCGAGUAUCAUAUUAUUAUAGCAGGUAUUGGUUGACAAAAUUAAUUCGGUCACGAUUAAUGACAAUAGUCUUUUUAUUGUUGUACAUCGAAUUCAUCAUUACGACUAAACAACAAAAACGUAUUCGAACGAUAUUUUCGACCAAACGCAAGUUUAUUAUGUCAUGUUAUUUUACGAUAUAUACCUAUUAAUAAUAAUAACAUAGAGCUAUUAUAAUAUAUUUUGUAUUAUUUCAUAGUUUUAUAAAAAUUAUAAUAUUGUUAUUUGUUUAUGGCGUUUUAAAUAUAGCAAACAAGAAUACGAUAAUCAAAGCAUGAGCAAUGAAUAUGGUUACGCUCGCGGAAGACCCCCCGUAGAAUCGGCGAUUUCUCGCAUCGCCGCCGACUGGGACAUCAACGAUUCGAUAAUUCCGAGGGUAAAUAUUACAGUAUAUUACGAUCGUUAUCUAUGUUUUUGAUGUAAAAUGGGCUAAUGUCAAAAAAAAAAAAAAAAGAGCUGUUACUGGGAACGGGCGCAGCCACUAUUGUAGGUGGAAAGUUGGGAAGGUUUUCUUUAUAUCUGUAAGCAACGAUAAAUCAUUGCUUGAUGAAAGACGAUUCCGAGCGCAGUUCGGUAAUACAUCUUUUGAAGUACCGUAAUUUUUUUGCGAUUUUCAUUUAAAAUUGAUUUCAAAACGCUUGUUAAAAAGGGAAAAAAAGUCGUCCGAUGAUUUUGAAAAUUUUAUCACCUCUAGGUAAGUUUAAUAUAAGUAUUGUUACCAAGUUUCAAAUCUUCACGUGUGAAUACACGUAACCGAAUUAUAGAAAAAACUCUCAACAAUUAAAAUUGUUAAAAGCUCAAAAAUGGCUUAAAGGUUUUGGCGAUGAUACUGUACAAAAUUAAAUCAAAAAGGCAACAAAAAAGGUAUCUUGAGAUUUUUCGAUUAAAUCAUUUUUUCUGGUGAAAAAUGACAUCCGUGUUUUUAUAAAAUAAUGAAAUCGUGAAAUUGUACGUUUUCCCACUUAAGUGUUUUUAUUUGAAAAAAAUGGUGUCAAAAAUCAAAAAAAUGACCUACUUAAAAUACAACCUAAACAACUUGAGCUUUUAGAAAAGUUAAUACAGGUAAAAAUCGGAGUAAGUUUACAAGGAAAAAACAGUUUACAGACUAGAAGAAAAAAAAGAAAUAAAGAAAUAAACAACAUUGUAAAACUAAUAGUUUAUCGCGACGCUCGGAAUCUAAAAAAUAUGUAAAAAAAAAAAUGUAUUACAAUAGUAAUUGAAUCAAUCAUUUCGAAAAGACCAUUUCUCCAUACUUUUUAAAAACUAAUUUUAUGUGAUAGAUGUGUUAAACUAAUAAUAAUGCAUAUUUCUUGCAAGACCGCUAUAUCUUCGACAAUUCGUUAUGGUCUAAAUUUAAUGGGUGCGCUCGAAAAGGUUAUUUCUCCAAAAUAUCUUUAUCGGUAAUAUUAUUUGUUAAGAUUGUAUUAUUAAUUGAUUUAUUGUUCACCUGUUUGUCAAUAAUACUUUUUUUUUUUUUAAAUAUUUAGUAAUCAAAAGGUAAACUAUAUAUAUAUACAUAUAUUUGUUUAAAAUGUACUGAAAAGAAGUGAUAUUUCUUUUUGUAUUGAAUUAAAAAAUAAUAAAUUUGUUAUACACUUUUUUUUAAAAUUUUAUAUGGUACAAUUUAUCAGAUUUGCAAGGUUAUAAUCAAUGUGUAAAUUUGCAAUCCAUUAGAAAAGGCCAUAUCUCAAAAUUGUUCAUGAAGGAAUGACUUCAUAAAAUAAUCAAAUAAAUAAUAUAUAUAUAUAUGAAAUAAUAUAUAAAUAUAAAUAAUCAAUAUUAUAGUAAAUUUGUUUUUUUAUAAGAGAGUUAAAUAAUCCAACCCUUAUUCAGUUUUCAUCUUACUUUGAUGUUGAUCUCUAAAAACAGUUUUUUACGUUUCCUGAACAUUUUCAUUUUAUGGAGAAAUGGCCUUUUCAAUAUGACCGAGUCAAUUAUGGGCUUAACAACAACUAAUUUUUAGAAUUUUGGAACUGGUUAACUGGUAUACCUAUAGUAUACUAAGCUAAAUUAGAAAUAUUAUAAUAAACGUAUUAUGUAUUUGACAUUAUCGACUGUUAAACUAAGAAUAAAAAAUUACAUUUUUUUUUGUCUAUAAUCUGAUUACGCGUGGAAAUAUUAUCAAGUUUUUAUCGGGUGAUGUUGUAUUGAUAAUUUUAAGUUGAGAUUCUUUUACGACGUUAAUAUUAUUACAAGAGACUAUUAAAGUUUAGACGGACACUUUCUACACUAUAUCUAUAGUAAUAAUAACAACUUUAUUAACACAAUUUAAAUUAAUAAUAUUAGAGUAGGUAUACCUAUAUUAUGCUUAAGUUUUCUUUUUUUUUUUCUCAUACUUCAAAGGCCACACGUUUUCGCCGUGUUUCUCUGUCCAGCGCUACUAUAACUCCAUCUUUGUAAUUUUUCACUCUUGAUAUUUGUUCGAUCUUUUUCGACUUCGGUGUUUCUCGGGUCUAUCGUACCUAAAGGUCUCUUCUUUUUAUGUGGUUUCCGAUAUUAAUUACUUUUAUUCUGAUCGUGUUAUAGACUUUAUAGUACGUGUGACCCAGUCAGUUCAAUAUAAAUAGAUAUAGUACUUCGUAACGCAAUUAUUAAUCCAAAUCAAUUUAAAGUAACUUUUAAUAUAAUAAUAAUAAUACACGAUAUUAUAUAUUAUACAUACACACAAAUAAAUGAACUUUGAGUCUAUUUAAAAAUCAAAAAAAAAAAAAUCAAGAAACAAAUACGCUGGACAUAUUUUAUGCGACGACAGCAUAUUGAUUGAUACGUAUUACGGGCAAUGUGGCAAUCAUAUCCUGGACAAUUUAUAACUCGAAACAAACGGAUUUGAAAAAAUUACAUAUUAUAUGUGUGACAUUUACCAGAAUAUUUGAUUAUUAUAUUAUCAUGCAAAGUCUGUAAUUAAGCUGUUAUAAGCUCUAAAACCCGACUAUCGAAAUAUAAUUAUAAUUUGUUUUUUAGUUCAUAUUGCUGUCGGGGUUGAAUAUAUCAACAUCGCAUAACGAUUAUUAUUUUUGUGUUCAUCAUUUUCACACGCAACGGAAAUAAAUAUAUUAACAUAUCAUUUAAAAAAUGAUAGUAAUAUACAGUAUUUAUUUAUCAUUAUCCAGAAAAAUAUUUUAUUUUUUUUCUGUCUGUAAACAACUUUUUGAAAAGAAAUCUUGCUCCGACGCAUAAAAUAUGUAAUAUGCAUAGUUAUAUAAUAUGUAGUUGCAUUUUUAAUCUAGUUAGUGAGAAAGAAAGUCAUUAUUUAUUUUCUCUGUAGUUCUAUUUAUAAUUAGGAAAAACCGGAAAAAAACGAUUCAUUAUUUUAAAUGUUUACGCUUUCCAUUUUCUACCAAAAAUAUUAUUCCAAUAUAAAAACAACUAGAAAUCUAUUUAUUAAAUUUUUAAUCUUGUUAGAAACAGUGUGGAUAAAAUUGUUAGACUAAAUAGAAACAAUUGAAAACUUGAGAGAAGGUUCAUUAUAAGUCGUACUUAGGGGUCAAAAAAAAAUUGAGUGAAAUACAGUAUUUUUUUUUUUUUACAUAAGUAUUUUAAAAGCAAAUUUUGACGAAAAUUGUAAAUAUUACGGCCUUUCAAAACAUGAAAAACCAAAUUCCGCUCAGAAUCGUUUUUCCUUUAGGCAAUGAAUUAUCGUUGCGUACAGAUAUGGAUUUGAUUACGAAUUAUAGUGAUAUAAUCAUUGUACUGGUUGUAAUUUUAUAUAUUUUAAAUGUAUAACUAUAUAAUAUAUUACUGUAUACGUGUUGAUGGACAAAUUAUGAUGAGAUAUAGAUAUCCGUAUGAAUGAUGGCCGGAGUAGGCCAGAAGUUAAAGUUCGUGGAAUGUUAUUAUAGGAGUCAGUGUCGGAUCCGGGAUUGAAUUUUUUUUUUUUUUGGGAGGGGCCUCCCCUCCCAAAAAAUGACUUUUAAGCCAUCGGUCAUCAAUUAUAUUAAUCAUUUUUGUAUGAGGUACCUAAAAUAUAAAAUACUUAUAAAUACGUAAAUAAAAGUGGAAAUUAUGUUAUGCAUCAUAUUAUUUUAAAUAAUUUUUAUCUAGAUACUCUUAAUAUUACAACUAUUAAACAAAAUAUGUCUUACACAUUUGUUUGGAAAGAGAACAUACUGCUUUCGUGACCAGCUUUUGUGACCAACUUUCGUUCGAUGACGCGCAUCCCCACCAGGUACCACCGGUCACUACGAGCGCGCUCCCGCCGUCAGCUCGUUGUGAACCCGCAUACAGCCGGUAACAAAUAUCACAACUAUAAUACACACACAUUGACUCUUGCGCUAACCGUAAUACGCGUAGUGCACGUCUGGUGUUUUAUUUUAAAUUUGUAUACUUGUUCACAUUAUUAUGGACCUACUUGGACUUGGCCGGUCAGAUAUUACAAUUAUAUGUAAACAAUUUAUUUGAAAUUGGUGUAUACUCGUCGGACAGUUGUAAUCGGCGACCGUCGUGCACGAUCGUUGCAUCGUUUCGACGAUAGUGGGAGAAAUUUGAUUCGGGACGACCGCCAAUCGCAAUUCGUCAGUCAACACGCGCGAAAGCGGUAUAUUCUUUUUUGAAAUAGAGUACCUAUACAUAUUUGGAUAUGAAUACAUAUUUUUAUAAGUGUGAAAAAUUUAAUUUAAUUUAAUUAGGUAAACAAAUAAAAAAUUAUGUGUUACAUAACAUUGUCUUAUGUAGCACAUAAAGUGACUAUGCAUACAACCCUUAGUUUUUACUCCGAAUACUUUUUUAGUUAGUUGUAUAAAAAAUAUGUAUAUACUAAUAAUAGUACUUAUAUACUAUAAUAAUACUAAUAUACGAUAAUAUAUUAUAAUCAAAUAUCAGAUAAGUGCUAAUCAAAUGUAGAUACUUACAUUUUCAGAUCUGAAGGCAUAAUUGUUUAAUUUUUGUUCCACCCUGCUAAUAAAAUCCAUGUUUAAAAAGUUAAUAAAUUAAAAACACAAUAUGGUUUUAAGUCCGAAAAAUAGAAGACGCAAUAAUACAUGUUCACGGUGACAUGAUCACAAAAAUAAUUUUGUAUUUCUCGUCGAAUCUCGAACACAACUAAUAAGUUACAUAGAAACUAGAAAGACCAGCGAAAUAGGUUUUAAAAAUAGCAAUUUUAUCUGUUUUCAUUCCAACAAUAACAUUCUCAUUUUCCAAUGGUUUUAGAAAUAGAUAUUGUGUAAUUAAUGAUAAUGCGUUAUACAAUUUAAAAUAUUUGUGUAGUUAAAAAGAGACUGUUGGUGAGGUCUGGGGGGUGAGACUCCUAGGUCCCCCUGGAUCUGCCACUCAUAAAAGUGCGCGUUUGACUUAGAAAUCAAGUUAAUACUGAUAAUGAAGUGAUGAUAAAUGUUAUGGAAUUUAGGGUGCAAAAAUUGUAAUGUUACUAUAUGUUUUCCGUACGGUUUAAUUUUGAAUUUGUAUGUAGGUGAAUAUCUUUAACACGUGGGAGGAAUGGGCCGACGGUCACUGUCGCUUGGUGUACCCACCAAAUUGCGAAGAAGCCAAGAGACACGCUUCCGGAUGGGCGAUGCGAAAUACCAACAACCAUAACGUGCACAUUUUGAAGAAAUCGUGUCUGGGCGUGCUGUUAUGCUCGAGACGGUGCAUACUCCCGUCGGGCGACACGGUUCACCUCAGACCAGCCAUAUGCGACAAGGCCCGGAAAAAGCAACAAGGUACAAUUUUCAGUUGUUAUAAGAUAGUAUCAGUGUGUCACAAUAAUACUUGUCGUCUCUACAGAAUCUAUCUAACGAUCAAUAAUAUGUUUUCGUGCUUCAUAUAUUAUAUCUGCUAUAUGAGGAUCUAAUAAACCAAAAACAACAUUUUAUUCACCAAAUUAAAAAAAUGAACACAUUUACUAUAUUUUCAAAAAGAGUUUUUAAAUAUACUUAUUGUACAAUUUUAUAUUGUGGUUACUGUGAAUAGAUUAAACGGGAAAUUAACGGGAAAAAUUCCCGCUUUGAAACCAUUACAAAUGUUCUCGUUUUUAAUUUGAUGAAAUCAUUUUUGUUUUAGGUCGAAUUUUAGAUUCUGAGUACUAUUAUUAGAAGUGCUAAAAUAUAUUUUUACUAGACUAUCGGUUAGUUAGUCCCGAGACGGUAAAUGCUUUACUGCGAUUUAAAUCCUCCGCUUGGACUUUGUCAAGUCUCUGAAUAUUUCCCUUAACCGUACUAAAAUAUUUCUAUUUCGUUUUAUAGGCAAACCAUGUCCGAACAGACAGUGUAACGGUCACCUGGAAAUAAUGCCAUGCCGGGGUCACUGCGGUUAUCCGGUCACUCAUUUUUGGCGGCACACCGAAUACGCUAUAUUUUUCCAAGCCAAAGGCGUUCAUGAUCAUCUAAGACCCGAGGCCAAGUCGACUUCGGAAGCCCGGAGAAGUUUUGGUGCCGGCCGUAAAAUACGCAACUUUGGCAUGAUGUUAUCUCGAGAUGUUCCUUUCGGCGGAAAAGUAAGUUAUUUUUUCAAAUGAUCAUUAUAUUUAUUAAAAUAUAUGACCAAUAUACGAACGACUGAUUCGAAAAAAACCAUACAAAACAACCAUACGAGCUUAUAAUCUAUCAUAUAGAAGUUACAAAAUAUUCACGAAAAAAUUAUUUGGUAAUAAUAAAACAUGGUUAAAAAAAAAUCAACGUUAAAAUUACCACCAUAUUUAGUGAUAUUUACUAUGACCAUAAGGUUAUUAAAGAUAAAAUAUUUUGGAUGCUAAUUUAUUGUUGAAACUGCUACCUAUGCAUAAUGGAUAUAAUUUGUAUUGGAUAUGCUUUUAAUUUAACAAAAUAUUUUGAUUAUACAAUUUCAGUUGAACUGACUAAAUAACAUGGAAAAUAUAAUUAGUUUGUUCGUCUCUGUACCGAACACCGAUCAGUAAUAUUGACGCGUGCCAAGAUGUUUUGUAAUAUAAAUAUGGAACAUCAUUUACGGCACAUAUCGUUCCUCACGCUCCGCCCGCGAGGUAUUACACCUUCAGGGAAACUCCUAAUUAUAACACACGCGUGUACACUCUCUGUAACUAGACGAUUGUAAUCGCCUCUUUCGGGUUUAUUAUUUCCGCGUGAGAAAGCCAUUAUUACAAUAUGGUCUCGAAAACGUGAUAAAAAAAAUUUAAAAAAAAAAACCAGCAGAAUCUAUUGUAACGCGGUAUUAUGUACAUCGAUAACUGUAGCAACAAUACAAUAUUAUAUGAACCGUAUUGAUUAAUCCGACGUAUACAAAUACAUACCUAUGCAUGGGUAUCAAUGAUUUAGUAAUAUAGGUAUAACAUUGACAAUAAUAAUACAUGGACGGAGAAAAAAAAAAUUGAAAUACUUAAAUGAGAUUCAGCGAGUGUACCUAUAUAUAUAUAUAUAUAUAUAUAUAUAUAUGUAUAUCCUACCUAUAUAGUAAUGUUAUAAUAUACAAUAAAUACAGGUGUGUAGUAGUAGUAGUAGUAGUAGUAGUAGUAGUAGUAGUAGUAGUAGAAGUAGUAGUAGUAGUAGUAGAAGUAGUAGUAGUAGUAACAGCAGUAGGUUGUAAGUUCGUGGUCAUCAAUAAUAUUAUAAUAAAACACCAUAAUUAUACAGUCUGUAGGAUAUAAAUACAAUAUACUGAACGCGGACACCGCAUAAUCGCUGUCCAUUCGAUGUAUAUAAUUUGAUCAUUAUCAUUUCGGGCAGUGAUUGGUGGCGUUAUGUGUGUAUGUUUUGAGACGAGUGUAUAAUACGCUACGUGGCGGUGAUACAAUAUAAAAUAUAAAUCAACGGUUACAAUGAAUAAUAAUAUUAUACGAAAAUGAACCCGUCGUGUAUAUAGGUACGCAUAACCACAGGGGAAAAAAAUAAACCUCCGGUUAAUUGUUUGCAGAGAUUUUGGUCGUUACGGUAGUAUGAGUAAAAUAUAUUGGUGCGGUUUACUAAAGAAUUAAAAAAAUAGAAAAAAAUAAUACAAUACAAAAAACGAAUUAAGACGCAUUCAUCAAAUUCGUAAAGUAUACAUUAUAAUAUAAUAUUACUGUAGUAAGGUGUACAGUAAGUAUAGUGCGGUGGUGUGUUUCGGACUUUAGGGUUUUCGGGGGAAUAAAAACACAUGCCUAAUAUCAUUGUGCGAGUUCACCACGAUCCUCUUCACUUCUUCUGCAUUAUAUAUUAUAGUAUUGCGUACGUCUCGUAAACAUUUUAUUUUUUAUUUUUAAAUAAUCUAUGAUUACAUUUUGCGAUUACCUACCUACUUUCAGCGGGGUGACCGAUGAUUGUUUGUAUGAUUGUAAGGAUCGUGCGCAAUGACGGAAAUUAUCGAAUUGUUUUAAAUUCUAACCAUUCAUUUCUAACUUAACCUAACCUAACCCUUACAUAUAAUGGUAACAGCUAUAUUGUCUGCUAACUACCAAGGAUUAAUAAUUUAUAAUAGGUGAACAAAAAAUAAAUAAAACUUUUCAAAAUAGUAGUAUUUCCGUGACAUUUAAAUUAUUUUUAACGUGUUGUUCGAUACACUAUUAAUUUACGAUUGAAUAAAAUUAUUUCGUUUUUUUAUAAUUUUAUCAUGUAAUGCAUACCCAUUUGGAAUUUCUUAUUGGUAUAUUUAUAUACACGUUUAUUUUAAAUUUUAGUACAAAAACAUUGAAAAAACGUAAUAUAGAAAUGCUUUUCUUAUAAACACUAUAUAGUAAGUAUAUUAGACAAUAUUUAGCUUAAAUUGAACUUAAUCGGUACUUACUAUUUUCAUUAUGUCUCAUUAGAAUAAAUCAUUGAGCUAUUAAUAUUUAAAUUCACUCGGUCACUUUUUUCUCCCAGUCCAUUCUAACGAAUCAUUCGAUAAUUCUCUGUAUCGAUAAGUUUAAUCAUAGAUCUCUGGUAGAAAUACAGUAAAAUUAAAAUAAAACUUUUCUUUUAUGCACAAUCAACCGAGAAAUACUUACUCUAUUUAUUUUGAUAAAACGGCAUACAAUUAUGAUGUAUCUUAGAACGUUGGUGUUAAAAACAUUUUUCAAAAUUCCUUAAAUUUAAAAUGAUUUUUUUUUAUCGAUCCAAUUAUAAAAUUUAAUAUCAACCGACAACUCGUCGAUAAAAUCAAAUCAUUCGCCUCUUGUCAGUCAGUCGUUUUUAGCCCGUUAUGUUAGUGGCAUAACAAACUAACCUAAUCUAACCUAACCUAAUCUAGCCGACGUUAGCCGUCCUCCCCCCCCCCCCGAUCGACCUUUUGUGGAGACAAUAAGUGGAUAUCUGCUACAAUGAUAUGAUGAUGAUAAUACAAUCAUUAUUAUUAUUAUUAUUAUUAUUGUUAUUAUACCUAUUAAUAUUAUGAUUAUUAUUAUUGUAUUAUGAUACUUGUACGGAGUGCUACAGUAAUAAUUAUAGGGCACGAGAGAGAGCGCGCGUAGUAUGGUAAUUCAAUUAUAGGAGCUGUAUAAAUCAUUUCGGCAAAAACUACAGUCGUCAUCGUCGUGCAGCACGCUCACAUUAUAUCGUAAUAAUCGUAUAAAAUUUUACAUCGCAUAAAUAUUUAUAACUCUCGACGAUAUAAUAUAAUAUAAAUAAUAUUAUAUAUAUAUAUAUAUAAAUAAUAGCCCGGAGGGUGUAUAAUAAUAUAAUCAUGCGCUGUCGGACGGCUAAUAAUUGUCGUACAGUCGUAUACUAAUAAUACGAGUAGUAUAAUAUUAGGUAGAUGAUAAUAUACGAUAUCGUUUAAAAAAAAUUAAAACAAAUAUUUAAAACAUUCAUUAUUACUUAUUUUAUAUAUUAUUAUUAUAAUUAACGUGGCAAAUCGACGAAAAACUAUAUUCGUAAAUUAGUCGUAUGGUCGUUGAAAACAAUAAUAAAGUCUCUGAAAUAAUACAUAAUUAGGAAUGUGUACAAGAGAUCCAAGAUAUAUCUGAAUAGCCACGACAGUGUACGAUAAGUGUCCCUUUCGAACAUAGAUUUUCAACCUGGAUGACAUGCCAAUUGAUAUCAUCAUUGUCACCCCAAAAAUAUCAAGUACAUCUGAUUUUAAUAUUUAUUUAUUUUUUUUAGACUCUAAGCGUAGCGUUGGGACCUAUUAGUUUUACAAUGUUUUUUUUUUUUCGUUUUGUGUCUGUGAGCAACUUUUCUACCAGAAAUCUUGCUCCGAAGUUUUAAGUGUAGAGCCUUUUCACAAUGGUAUAUUUAACUAGUUAAUGUAUUAGGAAUGUCAUUUUUUGAUUUUCUAAGGGAUUUUCGAAACAAUUGAGAAAAACCCGAAAGAAAAUUAUAAGUAAAACGGUAAAUAUAUUGAGCAUUUUAAGACGUUACCGAUUUAAUUGUUUCAAAUUUGCGUACAAAAUGUUUUAUAUCGGAAUAAUAAUUGCUCCAAUCGAAAAAUAACAAAAGAUUUUGUUCUUAUUAAUAUAUAGACAAAAAAAAUAAUAUAAUUAUUAGGUUAGGUUAAAUAUAAUUUUUCAUAAUAAAUGGAAAAAUCUAAAGGACGAAAAAUAUAUUUUUUAUUGUGCGAGUUUUUUAAGUAAUUUUUAUUUGGUAGGUACUCUAUGGAUACACUUGUUAGACUAAACAGAAAUGCUUGGAAAUUUAACAGGAGGUUUAUUAAAAGUCAUAUCUAGUGGUCAAAAAAAAAACUGAGUGUAAUGUAGUCUUUAUUUUUUUCAUAAGAGUUUUAAAAUCAAAUUUUCGUUUUUUGUUAGCUUUGGUUUAUCAAAGGUUACAAGUAUAAAUUAAAUAACUUAUGUGUAUCUCACCUAACCAAAUACCCACCUACAACAGUGACCACAACCGUCCCCACUAUCAGCUUUUUUUUAUUUUAUAGAAGUUACGUUUAUAGAAUCGUUUAAUACAAUUUAAUUUACGAUAUUUCCAAAAUGUCGCUUUAAUCUUCGGUUAUAACCACGCGUCAAAUUUAGAUAACUCGCAGUUGUACGUUCAGAUUCGUUUAUAUAUUUUUGUUUUAACAUUUUGAUACUCACACACUACAAUAUUAUUUUAUACGACCACAUAUUCCAUUAUUCCACAAACGUCACUUUCAUCCGGUCAAUAUCGGUGGCGCUGGAUUCUUUAAAAAAUGAUGGUUCAAAUAAUUUUAGUUUAGAACAUACAACCUGCCUAUCCAUCCAAUGGCCCAUUAACCAAUAAUUAAUACCUUAUACAAAUGUAUAACGAACCGGUAUCAAUUCAAUUAUUUUAGUAUAUGACAUAUACUACCUAUGGUACAUUGUAGGUAAUAUAAAUUAUUCCUAUUAAAUUAUAUACUUACCCCCCGGGAACAGCACCCACCCACCCAAUUCGGGAAAACUGAAGUACGUUCUCAGUGCCACUGGUCAAUAUUGCAUUAAUCGAAUAUUAUACUUUGUUUAAGCUGCAUCUGUGUUGCGUAAUAAUUGUUCAAACUAUAAAUAUAUUAUGUCAUAUGUAUAGUAUAUUUUUUUCUCAAAAAACAUUGAUAACAAACCAUGUUAACUUAUUGUUUUCGUUUAUGCUAGGGUCGUCAACAUGUUUAACCCAUAUUAAACACGGCUGUAUUUCUAUCACACGUCUCCUUUUAAGAGUUCCUUUUCCCACUCGAAUAUUCCCGGCGUAUAACAUUGCACGUAUCAUAUCUUCCCGUUUUCUCCGUAGGUAUAAUAUGGGCUGCCCUUUGAAAUCUUUUAUCUAUUUGAUGUCUACCUGCACUAUUCGUCAGGUCUUCUUUAUUAAAUACUAUGGUAGGUGCAUGUAUCUCUUUACUGUGCACCGUUAUAAUAUAUAUCCCCCCUGUUUAUGGGUCAUUAUGAUAAUAAAUCAUUAUCAUCAUCGUCAUCGUCAUUAUAAAUGAUUAUUUGCUACGUCUUUUGCGGACCGGAAUAAUCUUAUUUUCCCGACGCGCUUUAUAUAAAAACAAUAUAACAUACCUACUUACUUAAAAAGAAGAAGUUUCGAGUUUCGACCCAUACACGAGUACAAAACGCUAUACAUAUAAUAUACGUUAUUAUUAUGUAAGCGUAAAUUUUUACCGUUUUAAAAGGGGCUCGAGUACGAAAAUGAUGGGUUUACGCGUCUCGCGAACAAAACGGUUCGCUAAUUUCACUCUUCAUCGCAUAGGCGGCGUGUCGUCGUAAUACGAUUAUCGUGUGUGAUGCGCCCGUUUAAUGCUAUGUUUAAAACAUUUUUAAUACCUGUUACCGAAACUCGCCGCGCAACCCUCGACAACACUUUAAACGAUAAUAAUUUUUAGUGGUACAAGUAAAUGUGUCGUGGUCGUUUUCGUUUCGAGCAUAUAUUAUUAUAUUAAACGUUUUCAGUUUCUGCCGAUUUUUUCGCAAAUAUUAUUGCAGCUUGUGCUUACAUUGUAUACAAUUUGCUACCGCGCACAGUGACAUGGAGAGAUUACAUUCCAAAAUUCCCCUCACCAUUGGCUUAAAAAUAUCAAAACCACGGGUAUUUAUUUGAUCAUUUUUUCUCAAAAUUUGUUAUAGUUGCAAUGAAAAAACGUAUUUAUUAAAUAUAAAUGCCUUUUUGGAUUCUACUUUUGAAUUCUCAUUAUCAAAAAAAAACAUACUACAUUAAACUUAAUUUUUUUUUUUUUUUACCACAAAGUACGACUUUUAAUGAACCUCUUGUUAAAUUUGCAUGCAUUUCUCUUUGGUCGAACAAUUUUAUCGACAGACUACCUACAGAACAAAAAUUAAACACAAAACUUCCAAAAUUGAAAUUUCUAUAAACAGCUAAAAAAAAAGUGCCUCAUAUUCUUGAAACAUUUUACCGUGUCUAAAAAAGGCAAAUAUAAGUUUUCUCUCUGAAUUUCAAGUCUCUACGAAUAUAGAAACGAGCGAUACCAAAAAUUUAGAAUUUAAUACACGAUAUCAAUACACGAUUCUCGAUGCCUUUGUUUAAGAAUAAAACUAUAGUAACUGUAAUUAAUAAUAUUAUUAUAAAACACUAAUUAGACUAAUAUUAUUUAGAUAUGAAAAUAAAUCGUGCAUAUAAAAAAAAAAACUAAUUAAUUUAAUCAAAUCUAUUUAUUAACGACGAGAUUAUCACGUUAUUAUUUUACCGUAAUAAAGUAUCAGAACCGAUACGAAAUGUUACCUCGAUUUAGAUAUUCGACGCACCUGUAUAUUUAUUAAAUUUGUAUGAAUAUAAAAUCUAAUUGAACGUGAAUUUGUAUAAUCUCGCAAUAAAUGAUAGUCCAUUAAAAACAACGAAAUCGAAAAAAAAAAGUUUUUAUGCAAUAUAUAUAUAUAUAUGUGUACAAGUUCGCAGACGCUUUGGAAAAAACAAACAAUAUUACAUACUCGAUAAUUAUUUAGAUCGUGACGAGAAGACGAGUUGAGAAAAAAAAAAAACAUAAAUUACUCGUACUAUAUAAUAUUAUAUGUUAUCGUUAUCGACUUUGGUCAGCCCUGCCCGACCGCGUACGUUUACGAAUUAUAAUAAUUAUAAAUCCGUUCGGUAUUGUCUCUUAGAAAGAAAAAAAACCUCCUUUAAUUGUAGGUUUUCGUAGAUAAUAAACACUGGCACACAUACAAAAAAAAUAAACCACCAAGUCUCUGCCCAUGAAUCAUAAAAUAUUACAGUGUGUAUAUACGAAUAUGAAUGGUAUACGAAACUGUUUUUUUUUUAUAUAUAUAUAUAUAUAUACAGGGUGUCCCAUGGCGAUCUAACAAUUGCAAUUGUUAGACAACUUUUGUUGUGUUCAUUUUAUUUUUAAGUUUUUUUUUUCAAACUAAUUACCUAUACUAGAGCCUUGUAUUAUUAUAGUUCAUACACACUAAAAAUAAUAAAUUUGUUUAUAAAAUCCAAUAUAACUGUUUUUAUAAUGUUAUUUUAAAUCAAAAAUUGUUUAUGCUAAAAAUGUUGAGUAAUAGCGAUGAGUUCACAACUUUUUGAAGUUUACAAAAAUUUUAAUUUUUUCCACUUAAUAAUACAUAUUAUCGUAUUAAUAUGAGUAAGAUUUCAGGAAAAACAAAUAUUACAUAAUAAUUAAUAGUUGAUAAUAUUUAGAAGUGGCAAGGAAAACAGUUUAAAGUUUUAUUAAAUUCAAAAAGUUUUAGAAAAUUAACCGCGCAUCCUUAUUAAACAUUUGUAACACUAACAUUUUGUUUCAAAAAUAAAUUCAUAAAAUGGCUAUUAUCUUGGAUAUUGUAAAAAGAAAAACAUUUAAAAAAAUAUAUAAAAUAUUAAAAUUAUAAUACAAGGUUCUAUAGUACGUGGGUACCUGUUACAAAAAAUUAAUUUAAAAAUACUGAUUGGAAAAAAAGUUAUUGCAUUUGUUAAAUUUCACAAUGUCACCCUGUAAAUCUACAUAUACUUAUAACCUGAAUGGUUUUUUUUUUUUUUUUUUUGACAACGCGUAUUGUAGGUCAAAUCAUAUAUAAAUACGAAAACUCGAUUUCUCUGCAGUUAAUAUAUCUUAUAAACAAACCCGAGGCAAAACGCGUUCAACAGAGAAAAAGAAGAAAAAAAUUCAAAAAAUUUAACUUUUAAUCGCCACUUACCAUGUGUACUGCUGUUGUAGUCUAUAAACUCAUACGGUUCACAGAAUAUCGUGGGCGUCGAAUAAUACUUUUAAGAAAACUUAUAUUUUAACUGGAUCCCGUCUUAGUUUUACUAAGAUAUGUUUUUUUUUCUGUUUGUAUAAUACUUUUUGACUAAAAAUAUUGCUCUGAUCGCUAAUACCGGGAGCAUUGAAUUUUUCGUAAAGUUGAUACAUUAAAGAGAUUGUAUUUCGAGGGUCCUCAUAUAUUUCUUAAUAAUGGUAAAACUAGAAUUUUUCGGAAUUUACAAGGAAUAUUUUAUAAUGGCAUUUUCUACCCGUGAUACAAGAUUUAAAAUAUUCGGGCGUUGUUUCGAGUUGUUUUUGUUUGAAAUUUUCUACUUUUUUAUUUUUUAUUGGUUGUGUGUGUAUCCAAUAUUUUUAGCUUCUCGAAAAUGUUUGGAAAAUUAGAUAUAAUAUUCAUUAUCAUAAGUUGUGCUGGGGGUGAAAAAUUAUUUUAAGCAUGAUGCCACGUCAUUGAUAUUUCAUUUUUAUACGGGUUUUAAGUUCGAAUGUUUAUAAAAUUCAUUAAAAACAAUAUUUUAAUUUAUUUUGUAUAAUUACAAAUUAAUAAUUUAUCGUUACGUACAGUUUUUAUACUACUUAUGUAAAUUACCCUAUUAAAUCUACAUUCCUAAUUGUUCACCUUCUUCAGUUCCCUACAUCCAUAUUCAAAGCGAUUAAUCUUUGAGUGAUCAAUCCUUAGGUGGAGAGUAGUGAAGGAUCAUUUGUGUGGCGGUACUGCUUGGGGCGUAUGAAUAGUACUUCACUAUAAUUUCUUCUACCCAAAUUUAAAAGUAGAAUACCUCAUCAAAGGGCUGAUGGAAUCUAGCUCUAAUAAUAUUAUUAGUGAAUAUUAUUAUACCUAGUAUAUUUUAUCAGUAAAAACAUGUUCGUAAAAUAAUAACAAUAAUAAUAAUAUUAAUACAAAACGUAACACGUACAAACCCGCAGAUAGCAACUGAAGUUUGUUAUUAAUGUUAAUGUUAUUAUACGACGAUAAGUUUUAAAUUUAUUUUUCACGGUUUUAUUCGUUAGUUUUUAUCGUUUUUGUUUUUACACACAGGAUAACGAUAACCUACCUCUAAUAUAUGAUCGUAUAUACAAGUUUCUGAUUCAAACACAAUAAUUAGUUAUUAAAUCAUGUCGUCCGGUCCCAGUUCAACAUCACUGGCGUCGUCAGGCUGUUCGUCGAAAAAAAAUGUUAAAUCGUUCGGGCCCGCCGCUAAAGUGAUUUUAAAAAAUCAAAUCACCUCCUCGAAAUUCGGUGACGUUAAACACUUUAAUCCAUCGUACGUGAAAACCAAUUCUAAACCAGAAAUCAGCUCGCUCAUAUCGAUGGAGUACGCCAAAAUCUGGGAAGAGGAACACAAGGUGUACCAGAAAAGCGUUAUCGAAAAAAGACUUAUCAAGAAACCAGGUUUGAAACGGCCCAUUUUUCAAUCAUCGAAGUGUUCAGUGAAGGCAAGCGAUACUGCAGUAGCAGCUGAAGGUGAUAAAAAUAAUAAGACGCAGCUCGUGUCAGCGGCCAAUCGUAAUAAAAAACAAGCCGAAAUCACCGGUAACCGUAACGGCGAAAUCAAAACUGUUAAACAAUCCCAACCGAAGCGUAUUUGGAAAUAACAUAAUUUUAAACUACCUAUAUAUAGCUAUGUAUAUAGUAAUAAAGUAACGUAUUUUAUAAGUCUGUUUUAAACUUAAAACGAAAAACUCGUUUGAACAAAAUCUAUUGAUAUUGAAAUGCAUCGGUAGAUUACCCAGUGCAAUGUCAACAAAAAAACAAUAAUAAACGUUCGUAUAAUAGGUAAAUCUCAACCAGUUUUUUAAUGUUUUAGAAAAACUUUCGAGAAUCUAGAAAAUGUUUUAUUUUUUAAAAAGUACUGCCGAGCAAAAAAUCUGUAUAUUUUAAGGUACUUAACUACCGCAUAAAAAAAAAACCAGAGCAUUUUUAUUAAACGAAAAAGCGUUUUACGAGAAAUAAAAACACAUCUCAGUUAAAAUAAUAGUUAAAUUAUAUUGCAGUAAAGUAACUACUUUAUUACAAUAUAAUUCUGAAAUGUUCAUUUCACAAUUACAUUUUCUGUGGAUUUUGAUAUUUUACACUCAACAUUACAUUACAUACGCGGUUUUCAGCGUAUAAUGAACUAACUCUAAAAUAUAGAAGAAAUAUACACCUAUCUGUAAUAAUAAUUAUUACAUAGUAAUAUUAUUAAUUCGGUAAACGGUAUUUAAAAUAUUUAAAAAUUUAAGUAGAUAACAAUCUAUAAAUAAAUAGGUAUUUAAAAAUUAGGUUAUAAAUUAAACAGGAGUGUAUUAACGAAACGAUGAGAGAGCCGCUGCCCUCAGAUAAAAUUUGAAAAUUCUAAGAUAUAGGUAGUGGUUUUAAAUAAAAGUAGGGCGAAUUCUGGGGCCUCGGAACGAUAUUCAUAUCGUAUCAUAUUUAUACCUGUGUUUAGAAUUGGGCGAGGUUUGCUUCUUUUAAAUCUAGUUAAAAGUUCAAAAGUCGAGUACUGAACAAAAUAACUCAAUUCAAAUAUUCUAAUUUAAGUAUUUAACACUCUGAAAUUGUAUGUACUCCGGUCUCAUAUAACAAAUAUGUUAAUAUUUAAAUAGGGAUAUAAAAAAGGGUGAACCAUUAAAAGAAAUUAAACAUGAGUAGUUCUCAAUUAGCUGUUUAAAGUUGAAAAGUCUAUUCGAGAAAAAUUUACGAAAAAGGUUGAUGAUGCGUACUUAUUCUGCAGAGAUUUCUCGACAGAAUGAUCAUCUAAGCCUUAGACUCUGAUCGAUUUUUCGAGUGGCCAAAAUGCUCGAGAUUCUAAAAGUAUGAGUUCUAAUGGUAUGACUGCGACAAAGACGGUGUCACCAAAGGUGACGACACAAGUCUUUCUAAUUCAUUUGACUUAUCUUAAAAUAUUUUGAUUGUAAAAAUAUAUGGACCCUCUCAAUCAACGAAUACCACGUUAUAUAUUCAUUAAAUUUAAAAUUUUUUUAAAUACCAAUUACCAAGUACUUUAACUAAAGACCGUUUUUGGCUCUUUUAGUUGCACUGUUACGAAUAUAAAUAAUUCUAAACAUGUUUACAAUGUUGUGAGACUAUGUGAGCAUAAGAUUACAUAGGUACAUAUAUCUCUGGUUAUAUCUAGGUAUAUCUCUGGUUCGAUUUUAAAUGAAAGAAUAUUAUUAUGGUUAGGUAUAUAUCUAAUCUGAACUUUUUGUUUUUGCCACAGUUUGUAUUUUAUUAAAUUUUCGACAUUUUUCUUAGUCCUAAAUGUAGUCGCGAGUCAGUUACAGUAAGAGUGUACAAAUAUUGAUAACUUUUUGCGCGGAGUUUAGAUCCGUUUUACGGAGAAUGUCAAACACCAACUAUACAUGUUCACAAGACAUAUUUUGUCCAUAUAAAAAUAUAAUUUUAAACAAAAAAUACACGAAUGCUCAUAAAUAACAAAUAAAUAACAUACAAUUCAAAAUUAAAUAAUAUUAAUAUGAUAUAUUUUAUGAUUGAACUGUACAAACUAUAUUUAUUUAGUUAUAAUAUUAUAUACUCAUUGAAUAUGAACGAUUAUUUUCUAGACAUUAAAUGUAAAGAACCAAAAACAGAAAACCGCCAUCGGUAGCGGAAAUCGAAAACACUAUUUGAGUACGCAAUUGGCUCAAGAUGUACUUACAGAAAAUACAAAUUUGAGUGAGUUAUUACGAUUCAAUACUAUACAAUUUAUUCACACCAAUCAUUAUCGUUAUUUCAAUCCCUCGAAAUUCUCAUCUCAGUCUCAUUCAUUUAAAAUAAUAUUUUAUUCACUCUGUUUUAUAUCUAUACCUACUCAAUUGCUAUGCUCAUCUUGAAUACAUUUCUUUUCAAUAAUAGAGUUCUAUCUACUGAGUUCCACAACUCAAACCAAAUUGUUGUCAUUUUGUUUUUCCCUACCAAUAUCAUUUUAUUUGUUUUUAGACUCUGCAGGUUGCUCAUGUCUCCCCUACUAUUGUGUAUGCAACACCGGUAACGGCAUCGAUCGUUUGGAAUCCAGUCAUGAACCAACGACUGGCGUCCUCCAGCAACAGCACGUCGCUGCAGUUUACGACAGCAACAACGACCAUCACCACCAAGACUGGACUUCGGGGCUCCAGAACUAUCAUCAAAUGCCACAACAGCUGCAUCAACUACCUGAACCCACGGAUUUCGGAACCUUUGCCACUGCCGCCGGUCCGUCGUCGGCCUUAUACUGCAGUCAACCACUACUUCCGUCGGCCACCGAGACCGACCACGAAGUCGUGUACCAAUUGCAUGCGGAACAGCAACGGUCCCAAGACGUCAUUAACGCUGCCACGGCCGUUUCAUCUUCCGCUUACCUAAAGUCUUCGCCAACCACCGUGUUGGACUUGGGCAGCGGGACGAUUCACAAAAGUCCAGUACAGUGCGGCCAGGACAAAAACGACGAUUGGCGACAUUUCCAGCCAUCCGCGGAUUACCGUCUGCACCAGCACAACCAUCAUCACCAUCACCACCACCUAAACAACAACAACAAUAACAAUGGCCACGAACAGUGCUAUCAGCCGAAUUGUGGUUGUAUUAAUAGUGGUGGUGAUAAUGGCGGAUAUCAGCAUAAUCAUCUUCAUCGUCAGUACUCCUUAGCGGCCAGUAUCAAAACCGAGGACGACGGAUGCAGUGGAAACGGGCAAGACUCGUUGGACCUGGUCUACCCGAUGGACUACUAUGCGCAAAUGUCGUCGUCCUCAUCAUUGGCCGACGUAGCCUGCAAGACUGGCAGUAGCGGCCCGACCAUCGGUCUGGACGACGGGUCAAUGGAUUUCAUCGGGGACGGUUCGAUGCCCGACGCUUCUUCGGUUGAUUUCAUGGUGCUGGACCCAGCCAAACUUUUGCAGAACAACAACAACAACAACAACAACAACAACAACAACAACAACAAUAACAACAACAAUAACAACGAUAAUUUUUACAUGGAGGCGUAUUGCGGGACUGAGACCAACGCCAACGUUGCGUUCAAUGAAUUUCAAUUGAAUGCCGUCGACAUUCAUUGGUCUCAAUCCAUCAAUCCAUAACGAUAUGACGAAAAUUGUUCGUCGAAACUACUAUAAAUUAAAAAAAUGUAUAAAUAUCAAAUAUUUUUCUCGGAUAUAUAUGUGUGUGUGUGUGUGUAUGUGUGUGUCAAGUUUUAAUAUUUUAAAAUAUUAAAAUUUUUAUUUGGUUUUUUUUUCAUGAUAAAAACACCAAAAAAAACUGAUAAAUUAUAGUUAAUUUUUAAGUAUAUGCUUUUAUGUAUAUAAAUGAUCAAAAAAAAAAAAAAAUAAUAAUAAUAAUAAUAAUGAAAACGUCACGAUAUUUUUACUUCCCAACUGUGACAAUCUUUUCAGAGAAAUUUAUGUUUUUCGUUUUUUUUUUUAAAUUUUGCACGGAUUUGUCGACGAAAAUGUACUCUCGUUGAAAACCGGACAAUAUUAUUGUAAUUUAUAUAUUGUAUAGUACCUAUAUAUAAAUAUAAUUUAAUAUGCAUCGUUCUCCUUGUGAUUUGUAUCAUUAUUUUUAUAAUUUUGUUAUAUUAAGUGACUGGUUAGUUUUAAAAUAUCUAACAACGUGGUGUAGACACCAAGCUGUAACCAUGUAUGUUGACUAUUGAGUUACUCAUAUUAUAUUAUAAAAUAUACUAUUAUUAAUCAUACUUAAGGAAACGUGGGGCAGAACAGAGCCAUGAAACGAACCAUACAUUUUAGAUACAUUUUAAUAUUUAUCUUAUAUUACAUUCACAUACAUUUAAAAACUGAAUCGGUAAUAUAUAAUAUUCUAUUGAAUAUAGAUGUUUUAGUCUUUAACAUAAGAAAAUUUCUAAAAUGUUUACAAAUUAAUAAUUGGAAUCUAUGGUAUAAGAACAUGGUUCAAAUUUCAAAUCAAAAUUACAACUUUUAUGUGUAGCUUUUUAUUUCUAUAUAUCUCCUUUCUGUUCCACGUUCCCAAACAUUUUAAUUAGGUAAAUCAUUGUUAUAGGCAUCUAUACAAAAUAUAAUUAAGUGGAUAUCAAUUAUUCAAAGUCAACGAGUUGAGUCCCGACGAAAGAACGUACUGGUACACAAGUCCUGUGCAACCUAGUAAAAAUUAUAUUUCAAUGUAGAUGUAUAUUUUAUAUUUUACACGAUAAAAAAGUAUGUUCUGUUCGUUAUUAUUAUUGUAAGAAAAUAUUAAUGUUUCACGCAUGUUAACCCCCCCCCCCAAAAAAAAAAAAGAAAAAAACCCGGCAAACAAUUCCGUACAUGGGACACAACUCGUUUGCAGCCCGAUUAUUUGAUAUAAUAUCGAUGUACGCGAACGGAAAAACGUCGGACUAAAUACCUAUUUUACCUAUUUGUUUCGCGAAAGAAUUCAUUUUAUUGUACCCCUACUUAUCUAUAUAUUAUAAUGUUAUAAAAUGAUAAUAUUAAUUUUUAUUUCAACGUCAAAUUGGCAAAUAUUAUCCGU